GUGAAAAAUUAAUCUGGAAGACAAGAAGGUCCUCGUUCUGCCCAUGCGUGACAUGCUAUGAAUGUCUCAAACAGAGACAGAAACAUUUUUCUCAUCUUCGUCUGUCUCACAAGAACGCAGAUUUUGUUGACCUUCCAUGUUGAUUUUUUACGAGUAGACAUGAUUCAAUUUUCGGGCAAUUUUCCCUAGCAAAUAUCAAGACCUGUUUGUAUGAUCUACAAGAUAUACUAUAUAGUUGAAAAUAACCAGCCAAAUAGCUAAUAUGAUUAAUAUGAUAUAGUAUAUAUAAACGUAGUAUAGUAACUAGUCACCAUACGUUAGAACUAUCAGUGGUGUGACGUGUUUAUGACGUCGUAUUCUGCGAAACUUUUUGCAAAUUAAUUCAUAUUAUCUUUUACACUGUCACCAUAAUAAGUUACAAAGUAACGUUAGACAGAUAGAAGUGUUAAAUAUAAUUAUUUCUAAUCCUAUAUUUUGUGAAAGUAAACAUUAGUUGAAAGAUGGCUUUUGUAUCACCUAUGCCUAGUCGAGAAUUUCUCUGGGAUGUUUUUCAAAGAGUUGAUAAGGACAGAUCUGGUGCAAUUACUGCAGAGGAAUUACAGCAGGCUCUUUCUAAUGGGACUUGGACACCAUUUAAUCCAGAAACAGUUCGUUUAAUGAUUGGUAUGUUUGACAUUGACAAAACUGAUCCUGAUUCUUCAGGUAUGUUUGAUAAAAAUCAAAAGGGAACAGUUAGUUUUGAAGAAUUUGGAGCUCUGUGGAAAUAUGUAACAGACUGGGAAAAUUGCUUUAGAUCAUUUGACCGGGACAACAGUGGAAAUAUUGAUAGAAAUGAAUUAAAAACAGCUCUCACAAAUUUUGGAUACAGAUUAUCAGAUCAAAUUAUAGACACUCUUAUACGCAAAUAUGAUAGAGCUGGUCGUGGCACUAUAUAUUUUGAUGAUUUCAUUCAGUGCUGUAUAGUCUUAUAUACAUUAACUUCUGCCUUCAGACAGUUGGAUACAGAUUUGGAUGGUGUCAUUACGAUUCACUAUGAGCAGUUCCUAGGCAUGGUAUUCAACCUUAAAAUAUAAGACAUUUUUAUGCUUGACCAAUGUUAUUCUUGCCUAUGUUGGCACUAUGUUUUUUAUUGUACAAAUACUAUACAAACUAUUUGAUGCCAAAUCUGAAAAUCUGGAAAUACGACUUUAUUUUAUAAAGCUUUUUCCACGCCAAAUUUAAAAUCUUAUGUAUUUAAUGUGCUUGUAUGUUCAAUUCUUAAUUAAGAAAUUAUAAAUAAUCAGUUAUAUGUAUAUAUAAACAUUCCAGGAAAAAUGUAUACAUAUAACUAAAUUUGAUCAUAAGCAUGAAAAUUUAAUUUUUAUUCUUUGUCUGUUAUAGGAAAACAGAUAUAAUAAAUGUUACAUAUAAAAAAUAUUUAACAAAUAAUUAUUAGAUGUUACAAAAAAGUUGGACAUAUUUCAGAUAAGAAAUAUGCAAUUGAGAUAAAAAAAAAUAAUUAAAAUUUCCUCUGCAGUAUACAUUUCAUAAAUGCUAGACUUGUAAUUUCUAUAACACAGUAUACAAAACACAUGCCAAUUAUAGAUACAUUAAAAAUCUGAUACUUUCUAUACCUUAGUACCUUUAAGUAUUCUUUAGUGAUCUAAUAUCAGUACAGCUUUUAAGGCACAGCACUUCAAAAUCUAUUAAAUCAUAUAUAAGUUUGAUAAAAUACGUACAAAGUUAAAGUUAUUUUAACUAUAUUUUCUCAAAAUGCUAUAUACUAUUUGCAUUAUGUAUGAAGUCCAUAUUUCUGUACUUUUCUAUUAUUAUUAAAUUGAUUAUAAACAUAUAUUUUAAUUGAA